GCCUUCAACACUACUCACUGACUUACAUUCCCACUUUUCCCGUAAUGGCACCAUCAGCAUUGGCAGACAUCUACCCAAUCCCAACGAGACACUAUUCAAAGUCCUCGAAUGUAGUGGCAAGUGUCCUGCAUGGACCACGGGAUCUAAGGCUGGAAACUCGAUCACUUCCAGACCCCAGCUCUGGUGAGCUCCAGAUUGCCAUCAAAGCAACUGGCUUGUGUGGUAGCGAUGUUUCGUACUACAACAAGUUCCGCAACGGUGACCUGCAGGCGGUCCAACCGUUAAGCCUGGGUCAUGAAUCGGCUGGUGUCGUAGUCUCUGUUGGGCCAGGUGUGCAGGGCUUCUCAGUUGGCGAGCGAGUAGCCUUGGAAGUCGGUGUGCCCUGCGACAACUGCCGGUCAUGCCAGAGAGGGCGAUACAAUCUGUGUCCGUCGAUGCGCUUCAGAAGCAGUGCUAAGUCCGUGCCUCACUUCCAAGGUACGCUCCAGGAACGCAUAAACCACCCAGCGAAGUGGUGCCACAAACUUCCUUCACAUGUGUCUCUCGAAUCAGCUGCACUGCUCGAGCCAUUGUCUGUGGCUAUCCAUGCGACACGACGAGCUGCUCUCGAGCAGGGUGAUACGGCCAUCGUUUUCGGUGCGGGCACCGUAGGGUUGCUCACCGCUGCCAUGGCAAAGAUGUCUGGCGCAACGACUGUUGUAAUCGUCGAUGUCGACCAUGGUCGGAUUGAGUACGCGCUGUCAAACGGCUUCGCGCACAAAGGCUUUGUCGUUCCAUCGCGCAAGAACGCGGGUGAACCUUCGGGUCAGUUUGACCCCGCAAAGGUGCUCGCCGAAGAUGUCAUGCAAGUUGCUUCGCUAGACGACGUCGACUUUGAAGGUGCGGACGUAACAUUCGAUUGUACUGGAAAAGAAAUUUGCAUGCAAGCUGGACUCUUUGCAACAAGACCUGGUGGCAAGCUCAUCAUGGUUGGAAUGGGCACUCCUGUCCAGACUCUCCCAAUGUCUGCAUCUCACCUGAAAGAAGUCGAUAUCAUUGGCAUUUUCCGGUAUGCGAACACAUACGCGACUGGAAUCAAGAUCAUCUCCUCAGGUGUUUUACCGAGCCUUGACAACAUGAUCACCCACCGCUUCAAAGGCCUAGCUGCGGUAAAGGAAGCCUUCGAUCUUGCUGGAAAGACGACCGAUAAAGAUGGGAACCUUGUACUGAAGGUCCUUGUUGAGGCAUAAUUCGCUUCUCUGUUUAUCAACAGUUUACUCCAAUCGAUUGCUUGGGUCCGGCGUUUCGGUGGAAUUGGGUUCAGGAGCAUUGAGAUACCAUUCGUUUGCAUGCGUACAUAGAACAGCAGUAAUGCACCAGAAGGUGUGAAAAACCGAGAUUGACGAAGUCUUUGAACGGUGUAGUAGCAGUUGUUCUUCUAUAUUUCUUCAGAACGUUUGCGACUACGAGCAUGGUGGA